AUGCGUUCGCUCUCCAUUCUCCUCGCUGCCAUCAGCGCCGUGUCCGCACAGCAGGCCGGCACUCUGCAGACCGAAACCCACCCCAAGUUGACCUGGCAAAAGUGCACCGCCUCCAGCUGCACCAACGUCAACGGCGAGGUCGUCAUUGACCACAACUGGCGAUGGCUACACGAUGCCUCCGGCACCAACUGCUACGACGGCAACAAGUGGACAAGUGCGUGCAGCACCGCUACCGACUGCGCGUCCAAGUGCUCCCUCGAGGGCGCCGACUACUCCGCCACCUACGGUGUGACCACCUCGGGCAACGCGCUCAGCUUGAAGUUUGUCACGCAGCACGCCUACGGUAAGAACAUUGGCUCUCGUCACUAUCUCAUGAACAGCGCCACAAAGUAUGAAAUGUUCACCUUGACUGGCAAUGAGCUGGCUUUCGACGUCGACCUGUCCCAGGUUGAUUGCGGCUUGAACGGUGCCCUGUACUUUGUUCAGAUGGACGAGGAUGGCGGCACGGCCAAGUACUCUACCAACAAGGCCGGCGCCAAGUACGGCACCGGAUACUGCGACGCCCAGUGUGCUCGUGAUCUCAAGUUCGUCGGCGGCAAGGCCAACAUUGAGGGCUGGGUUCCUUCAUCCAACGAUGCCAACGCUGGUGUCGGCCCCUACGGUGCUUGCUGUGCCGAGAUGGAUGUCUGGGAGUCCAACUCUCACUCGUUCGCCGUGACUCCCCACGCGUGCACGAACAACGCGUACCACGUCUGCGAGAAGUCAGGCUGCGGCGGUACCUACUCUGAGGAUCGGUUCGCCGGCGACUGCGAUGCCAACGGAUGUGACUUCAACCCCUACCGCAUGGGUGUCACUGGCUUCUACGGCAAGGGCAAGACGGUGGACACCUCCAAAAAGUUCACCGUCGUCACCCAGUUCUCUACCAACAAGGUCGCGCAGUACUUUGUCCAGAACGGCGCCAAGAUCAAUAUGCCCAACUCGACCAUCAGCGGCGUAUCGGGCAACGCCGUCACCCCCGAGUUCUGCACCGCCCAGUUCAAGGCCUUUGGCGACCGCGACCGCUUUUCCGAGGUCGGAGGCUUCUCCAAGCUGAACUCGGCCCUCGGCGGCAAGUGGGUGCUCGUCAUGUCGCUCUGGGACGACCACUACGCCAACAUGCUCUGGCUUGACUCCGUCUACCCUCCCGAGAAGGCCGGCCAGCCAGGCGCUGCCCGAGGAGACUGUCCCACCACCUCCGGCGUCCCGGCCGAGGUUGAGAACAGCCUUGCCAGCGCCACCGUUACUUACUCCAAUAUCCGCUUCGGACCCAUUGGCUCGACUGUCAAAUAA